UACCCCCCCGCAGUUACGCAUGCGCGAGGGAUCCAGGCCUGCCCGAGAAGAUGCUCAUAGCUGUGUUAUGCAGGCUUAUAUUACGAUACUAUUAAAACGUAUACUCGGUAUAGCGUUUCACACUACUUUUAAGCACGUCUACAUGGUGUAACCUGACAGACGAAUCUCGAUGUCUGUAGCCAAUGCGAAACACAGAAUACUAAACCCGGUGAUCCCGUACACAGGAGCCAUACCUGGAGGCCUACACCCGGGAGAAGUCAUCAUAGUCCAGGGCACUGUGCCUCAGCAUGCUGACAGCUUUCAGAUAGAUUUGUCAAGCGGUUGCAGCACUAAGCCGUGCUCAGAUGUGGCUCUUUGCUUCCGGGCUCAGUUCAGUGGCCAACUGUGUGUCAUCUGCAACUCCCUGCAGAAGGAAAGUUGGGGCAAAGAGGAAACCAUUUAUCAGCUACCUUUCAAACAAGGAGCCCCCUUUGAGGCCCUUAUAUUGGUACAUAAAAAUGCCUUUAAGGUGGCGGUGAAUGGCACACACCUGCUGGAAUACAAGCACAGAAUGCCACUGAACAGGGUGGACACGUUUUCUGUUUCAGGAGACGUCCGGGUGUGUGCUGUUGGCUACAUCCCAAGUUCAGCAAUAUACUCAGAAUCAGGUGACUUGAAUCUCCCAUACAAAGGUAGUAUGCUCAAUGGACUCAGCCCAGGGGAGCACAUUACAAUCAAAGGACAGGUCAGCAUCUACCCUCACAGCUUCACUAUUAAUCUACGAAGUAGCCAAACAGAAAACAUUGCUCUGCAUCUUAACCCUCGCAUAAAGUCAACCGUGUUUAUAAGGAACUCAUACCUGAGUGAAUGCUGGGGGUAUGAAGAGCGGGAGUUGCCCUUCUUUCCAUUCUCUUCUGGGGAAUACUUUGAGAUUCUCAUUCUCUGUCAGCCCCAUCAGUUUAAGGUGGCAGUGAAUGGGUUGCACCUAUUUGAGUUCAGACACAGAGUGCAGGACCUGAAAAGCAUUGAUCAGAUUGAGAUCAUGGGAGAUGUGGAGCUCAUCGAUGUCAAAGUGUGGUGAUGUUCAUCUCCUGAGCAGCCUACAACACUAUUCUCUGUGCAACAUAAACAGCAAGAACAAAGAAUAACAAUUCAAGUUCUCGUCAGUGGUGUGAUGGUUUAAGGCGGUGCACAUAUGCGGUUACAUCAGCUUCAUGGGUUCACUUUCCAGCCUCAACCAUUUACUGAAUGUCUAUACACUCUCUCUUCCCAUUUCACGCUACAGCUGUGCUAUCAAAAAGAAUGAUACUGAAAGACAGCCCUAAUUUGUAAUCAAUUGUUUACAAGUAGAGUUCGCUCAAAAUGUUCCAUACUAACCUAAUAGGAAUGUAUAUAAUGGGUUCACACAUAGUGGUAAAAAUCUGGAUCAACAUUAAAACAGAAGGCAUUUAUUUUGUUAAGUAAGUUCUUAUGAACUCAACACUUGAAACAUAUUUAAUUUUUUCCUGGAACAUUAUGAUUAAAAAGUAUAAACCAGUAUUGAUCCAUCAGUUAUAACAUUUAUAGACAACCCAGCCCUUUGCCCUAGUAUGUGUGUAGUUGUUGAAAAAAUAAACUCAUGAAAUGCAUCAAUAAACAA